GGUUCAAAACCGCUGUUUUUGGCGCAGAACAUCAGCAUGUCGGUGGAAGGAGACUACACCUACCUCCGCAUCAACUUCUACUGCCCCGGCAGCGCCUUGGGCCGCAACGAAGGCAACAUCUUCCCCAACCCCGAGGCCACCUUCGUCAAGGAGAUAACCUACCGGGCGUCCAACAUGAAGACGCCGGGCGAGCAGACGGUGCCGGCGCUCAACCUGCAGAACGCCUUCCGCAUCAUCAAGGAGGUCCAGAAGCGCUACAAGACGCGGGAGGCCGAGGAGAAGGAGAAGGAGGGGAUAGUGAAGCAGGACUCGUUGGUCAUCAACCUCAACCGGAGCAACCCCAAGCUGAAGGACCUCUACAUCCGGCCCAACAUCGCGCAGAAGAGGAUGCAGGGCUCGCUGGAGGCCCACGUCAACGGUUUCCGCUUCACCUCGGUGCGCGGCGACAAGGUGGACAUCCUCUACAACAACAUCAAGCACGCCGUCUUCCAGCCCUGCGACGGCGAGAUGAUCAUCGUGCUCCACUUCCACCUCAAGAACGCCAUCAUGUUCGGGAAGAAGCGCCACACGGACGUCCAGUUCUACACGGAGGUGGGCGAGAUCACCACCGACCUGGGCAAGCACCAGCACAUGCACGACCGAGACGACCUCUACGCCGAGCAGGUGGGGUCUUGGGGGUCCUCAGGGUGGUCUUUUGGGGUCCUCGGUGGUGGUUUGGGGUCUCGGG